AUGGCGCCAUUAUUGGGCGGCUGGGAGGAGGACGGGUCGGAGAGCGCCCAGUCAAGCAAGACCUUGAAGAGUAUUCUCUACGUUGAUGCAUACGACUCAUUCUCGUACAACGUCGUUGCGAUGCUGGAAGAGACUCUUGGCGUUAAAGUCACAGUGAUGACCAUCGACUCCAGCUGGCCAGAUGGAAACAUGCACGAAUUUCUACCCCACUAUGAAGCCAUUGUGCUGGGCCCUGGACCGGGAAACCCCAACUUGCCCAAAGAUGUUGGCAUCAUGCGUGAUAUAUGGAAUCUCCAGGGCUCCGAACUGCUCCCAGUGUUCGGCAUCUGUCUUGGCUUUCAAAGCUUAUGUCUGCAUCAUGGUGUGCCUAUCGACCGUCUUCCGUAUCCUCUCCAUGGCCAGGUGAGGCAUAUCUCAACGAAUUCGAAGGAUAUUUUUGAGGGCCUUCCAUCUAUUGAAGUGACGCUCUACCACUCUCUCUAUGCCAAUUUGGACACUUUGAGUCAUUCGCAGCGCCUAUCGUCGGACCAGCUCGAAUUUCUAGCGUGGUUAUCGCUUGAACCAAUUUCUGGCUCGGCUAGUGAGAUCCCAAUGGCGGUGCGCCAUCGUCAAAAACCAUUCUGGGGUGUUCAAUUUCACCCUGAAUCGUGCAAGUCGGAGAAAGAUGCUUGCAAGUCUUUACUACAGAAUUGGUGGCGGAUGGCUCUUACCUUCAACAAGGUUGUCGGGCGCGGGGGCUAUCGGACUCUUUCUGAAACCGUCAUCAGUCCUCAUUAUGAUAUGAGCGCUUUCCCAGAUGUCGCCUACGAGAUGCUGAAAUGGAGUGAGGCGACUGGGGCUAUUUCUGCACACCGGUCUCUGGGGCGAGGUCUGACUCCGGAGGCUGUCAGUGAGAUUUUUAACAAGCCCGGAGCCCCAACUGUGCUGUUCCAGUCUAAUGGGCGGUACAGCAUUAUAUCGAUCCCGAGUCCGGGGUCAUGGAGACUCGAAUACAGUGUCGAGAGCCAGCAGCUGAGUCUUUGUCAGUUGCAUGGUGAGCACAAAGCUAUCGAGAAGAGGCUCACUGUGACCCAGCUCUGGGAUGCGCUGCGGUAUUUGAUGGAUAUGAAAAAGGUCAAUUCUGGUAGCCCGGAAUCUCCGUUCUGGGGCGGGUUUCUCGGGUACUUUUCCUACGAAUUGGGUCUUGCGUGUCUCCCUCACCCCAAGGGAUCAGAUCACGUCUCCGCUUCAUGUGAACAUUCAUCUAGGAGUACAUCGACUCAUUCUUCGGAGAAUCCUGCAGAUGUCAGCUUGCUAUGGUGUGACAGGAGCAUCGUUAUCGACAAUAUUACUGGCAACACCAUCAUUCAGUCUAUUCGCGAGCCCGAUGACCUGCCGUCUGGUUGGCUUGAUGAGACAUUGAAGUCUUUAGAGGCGCAUUCACGCAACUCUCAAGCCGACCAAGAAGCGGAUGCCCAUUUUUUGAACUCCAUCCUCCGCGAUGCGAAGAUUGUAUUCCCAGAGGAAGCCACUUACAAACGACAGAUUGAGUCUUGCAAAGCAGAACUGGCAGCCGGAGAAUCAUAUGAGCUGUGUCUCACCUCCGAGACAUCCAUCACCUUGCCGACCCCGGCAUCGGAGGAAGAUCUUAUUGCAUUCCCUUGGAAACUAUACAAGAAACUGAGGAAAUAUAACCCGGCCGCGUUCAGUGCAUUUGCAGACUUGGGACACACAAAGAUUGUCAGCAGUAGUCCAGAAUGCUUCCUCAAUUGGGAUCGAGAGUCUACUUUGGAGAUGAAACCGAUGAAGGGCACUGUCCGGAAGACACCCGAGAUGACCAUGGAGAAGGCUCGCGAGAUUCUGGGCUCGACAAAAGAAAUGGCCGAGAACCUGAUGAUCGCUGAUCUCAUUCGCCACGAUCUGUAUGGUAUCUGUGGAUCUGGCGGUGUCCACGUCGAGAAAUUGUUGGAAGUUGAGGACCACGGUCGAGUCUACCAGAUGAUUACCCAUGUCAAGGGUGUUGUUAACCCCGAUCACACUGGCUUCGCUGUUCGACACAUGCCUCAGUUGAAGUCUUCCAACAUGGCUGUUCAUGGUCUCACGGCUCUUCAGCGGUGCCUGCCCCCGGGGUCUAUGACUGGCGCACCAAAGGAGCGCUCGUGUAUGCAUCUCCAAAACAUCGAGGACAGGAAGCGUAGCAUCUACUCCGGCGUCAUGGGCUACCUAGAUCUGGGCGGUGGUGGCAGCUUCUCGGUUCUGAUUCGCACAGCAUUUACUUGUACUACCGAGCCGCAAGGUCAACAACAAACUUGGAGGAUCGGUGCUGGUGGCGCAGUCACCACCCUCAGUACGGCUGAGGGUGAAUGGCAGGAGAUGUUGACAAAGCUGCGCACGGUCUGCAAUGUCUUCGCUCCGUCUGAAAGUGAAGAGGCUAGCCGGUCACCAUGA